CCGCAACAGGCGAUACUUCGAGCAGAUAUGGCUGUCGACACCUGUGUCGAGUGCCGUGAGCGCGAUGCCGCCUUGAAUAUCAGGAACAGGCGCUUAUGUGCCGCCUGUUUCAGCUACUAUGUGCAUUCCAAAAUCUUGAAGCGGAUGGAGUCAUAUCGAUUCAAGAACUCGUCUGGCAAUCAGAAGCAUCGGGUGUUCCUCCCACUGUCUGGAGGCACUUCGUCUCUUGUUCUGCUACAAGUGCUUGAUGCUCAGCUUCACAAGCAGAUCGCGAACCGCAAUAGAACAUCCUAUGAUAUUGUUGUCGCACGAGUCGUUCUGCCCGAAGACCAUGACUCCACAGCUAUCAAGAACGACUAUGAAGACCUGAAACAAAGGUUUUCCACGCACAAUUUUCUACCUCUGCUUUCGAUGCACGAGGUACUACGACUGGAUAGCAAUAUUGACCGGGAUUUGAAACACCUUGGAAUCGUGCGCCGGGAGGAUGAAUCCGACGGAGACUUCUUUCUGCGGAUCCUAUCUUGCACCACUUCUGCAACCACGAGGUCAGAUCUACAGUCGAUUUUGUUGAAGCGCCUUUUAGUAGCCACGGCAAGGGACCAGAAAUGUACGAGUGUCUUGUGGGGUCAUUCGGACACUCGUCUCGCCGCACUGGCGCUUGCAGAUGUGGCCAAAGGCCGAGGUGGGUCUGUCUCUUCUACUAUUGCUGAUGGUCAAUCGAUGCGUGGGAUCAACUUCAGUUAUCCUGUUCGUGACCUCUUCAAAGCUGAACUUCAGGCUUAUGCUCAAGUGGCUUCCGAGUAUUGCUUGGAAAGAGGCGUAGACAACGAUGCCCCGGCUCAACAACCCGCAAGCAUACGAACGACCUCAAUCGACAACCUUCUGAACACUUACAUUACGUCUCAGAGUGAGAAGUACCAAAGCAUCGUGGCGAAUGUGGUGCGAACAGCGAGCAAACUCGAAGUCAAGCGACCAAAUGAUAUUGCUGUUUCAUGCCCUGUCUGCAUCAUGCCCGUUGUGGAGGCUACUAGGAUCUUGACAUCAUACUCGGGCUUAUGCUAUGGAUGCGAAAGAAUGAAACACGAUGUUAGGCCGUGAAGUCUCUGGACCCGACGAACCACGAACUACGGUAGCACAGGUCAGACUGUGUUGAACAAUGCAGAUCCCGUCCUUCAACGCAGCCUUCCUAAGCGAACAAGCCAGCAAUGAUAAUGUCCGUUCAAUUUAUCGCUCAAUACAAUGUAUUGCAUGCUAUCUCUCAAGUCUCUAGCAUUCGCAAACCAGGACCUCCCGACAAUCAACAUCAGCGCGUGCGUGCUGGCAGUGACGGCGCACCAGUUUCUCCUCGCUCAACAUCACGACGAUCUCUGUGCGAUCUGCCAUUCUCGCGUCGGGAGGUAUAUCGGGGGGGAGGGCCAUUUUGAUUGUUCAAGAGUUGUUCAUCGCCCUGGUAAUCGUAUUCGUCUGGCAGACUGGGAUCUGCUAUAUUUGCAUGCGGCGUACCCUUGAUUCUCUUUGCGCCACGUUCGCGCAGCACUUUCUCCAGCAAUAUCACGUUCCUGGUAUUGCAUUUGUAAACGGCAUCCGCAAUGUCACCGAUGAAUGGUACCAAGCCAAUGCCAAAGUCGAUUGCCAUGUUCAACACCAUGCGGCUUUUGAUGGAGGAAGGUAGCUCGACGGAGCAGCACGUUCGGUACACCAUGAAGGCCAACAAAAGGUCGGCUACGUCACCAAUCCUGCUAUAGGCCGAUAACAGCUCCCCAUCCGAAUCUAGUUCCGCAGAAGUUUCCAAGAGAGAGGUCGACGCGGUACGCUCUCCUCUUGGCCUUUGUGAGGAUCUUCUCUUCUUCUGGAGUCAGACCAGGUGGGAGAGCCCUCUUUCUCUUCUUGGUCGUCUUGUAAAGUCCUCCUAGUCUGGUCGCCGGGACUGUCUCGAAGUAGGGAUCCUGCGCAUGUUAGCAAGUCAAGAC